GGUUCCCGCGUGCAAGCUCUGAACACAUGCACCAGGCACAGGCCGCUUUCCAUAUGCUUUGUGCAUCUGUCAUGCACAUCUGUCUUCCAGGGAAGGCUCUCUUCCACCUGUCCUGCACAGUUGCCCAGCACCUGCCCUGCCAGUGCACCUCACAGUGACCUGCACGCCUGCCCUACCUCUGUCCAUGUCCCUGCACCUGACACCUGCCCUCCCCCCCCCCUGCUCUGCACCACCUGUGCACUUCACACCUGCCCGUGCACUCACAAUGCCUGAACACCUACUCUGCACCUGCCCAUGCACCGCACAAUGCCUUGCACACUUGCUCUGUCCCUGCCCUGCAUCUCACAGUGCCCUGCAUGACCAUCUUGCACACACACAUACACACGCACAACACACUCUCACUCCUCUAGCCUUGCUCUACACUGUAUACAGACGUGUCUCCCUUGUGUGAGUGUGCCUCUCUGUUCUUUGUCUGUUUUACCCUUUGGAACUAACUUUCUCAGUACCUACCACCUGCCUUGUCCUCCCCUGCUGCUUCCUGGGAGCUGAGAGCCCAGAUGGGUCAGAUGUGAGUUCUGUUCUGGAGGUGCUCCAGGUACGGUCAGCAGCAUUACUGCUGGUAGACCUGUCUGUCCCAAAGGCCAGUUCAAGUAUGACAUGAGAGGGGCAAGAGAGUCAUCCAAGGCAGGCAACCUCGCAAAGGAGGAAGAGUUUCUGGGGAAGGAUGUCAUGGAGACCUCAGACAGUGAACACAAGACUGUAGGAUGGCCUGAGCUAUGGCAGUGGAGAGGGAUGAGGCUGGAGUCUGCCAUGUCUUGAUCGACAAGGAGGUGUCCUAGACCUAUGGGACUUGCAGCUUCUUUACAAAGGGAGAAAGAAGUGACCACAGUGACUGUUGCCAACGUUGGGUCCUCUGCAGAUAACGUCUUCACAACAUCAGUGGCAAAUGCAGCAUCGAUAUCAGGACAUGUCCUGUCUGGUAGGACAGCCCUGCAGAUCGGUGACAGCCUGAACACUGAGAAAGCCACACUAAUAGUUGUACACACAGAUGGGAGCAUUGUGGAGACCACUGGGCUGAAGGGCCCAGCAGCACCUCUCACUCCAGCCUCUCUUUGCCCAGGUCCCCAGUCUCCUCCUACCCCACUGGCACCUGGCCAGGAGAAAGGUGGUACCAAGUACAACUGGGACCCUUCGGUGUAUGACAGCGAGUUGCCUGUGCGCUGUCGGAACAUCAGUGGCACGCUCUACAAGAGUAGGCUCGGCUCAGGUGGCAGGGGCCGGUGUAUCAAGCAGGGAGAAAACUGGUACAGCCCAACUGAGUUUGAAGCUAUGGCAGGAAGAGCCAGCAGCAAGGACUGGAAGAGAAGCAUCCGCUAUGCCGGCAGACCCCUGCAGUGCCUCAUCCAGGAUGGUAUUUUGAACCCUCACGCUGCCUCCUGUACCUGUGCCGCCUGUUGUGAUGACAUGACUCUGAGUGGCCCUGUCAGGCUCUUCGUCCCUUAUAAAAGGCGCAAGAAAGAGAAUGAGCUGCCCACGACUCCAGUGAAGAAGGAUUCCCCCAAGAACAUCACCCUGCUUCCUGCCACGGCGGCCACCACCUUCACUGUGACACCCUCAGGACAGAUCACUACCUCUGGAGCACUGACCUUUGACAGAGCAUCCACUGUAGAGGCCACUGCUGUCAUCUCUGAGAGCCCAGCCCAAGGUGAUGUCUUUGCAGGAGCCACAGUGCAAGAGGCAGGUGUGCAGCCUCCCUGCAGGGUUGGCCACCCUGAACCCCACUACCCUGGCUAUCAGGACAGCUGCCAGAUUGCCCCGUUUCCAGAAGCUGCAUUGCCAACAUCACACCCCAAAAUUGUCCUGACAUCGCUGCCUGCCUUGGCUGUGCCACCGUCCACCCCCACCAAAGCUGUCUCUCCCACUGUGGUCAGUGGGCUAGAGAUGUCAGAACAUCGGAGCUGGCUGUACCUGGAAGAGAUGGUCAACUCCCUACUCAACACAGCUCAGCAGCUGAAGACGCUGUUUGAACAAGCCAAGCAGGCGAGCUCUUGCAGGGAAGCUGCUGUGACCCAGUCGAGAAUGCAGGUUGAUACAGAGAGGAAAGAGCAGUCAUGUGUCAACUGCGGCCGGGAGGCCAUGAGUGAGUGUACCGGCUGCCACAAGGUUAACUACUGCUCUACGUUCUGCCAGCGCAAGGACUGGAAAGACCAUCAGCAUGUGUGUGGCCAGUCAGCGUCUGUCACUGUCCAGGCUGAUGACGUCCAUGUUGAAGAAAGUGUGAUAGAAAAAGUUGCUGUUUGAGCCAGGCUUCUCCCUGAGCUCUGCUGUGAAGCCAUCGCAGGCUUAGGCCCUCUGAUGACUGUGGGGGCUGCUGAGAAAAGGGGCCAUGGGAAACUUGCCGGACAAGUUAUUAACAGAUUGUGCCCUUGGAAACAAACUCCUGCCAGAGACCAAGGAACACUGGCAGCUUUCAGAAUGGGGCACUCUGCCACAGCCCAGGGGCCUUGGCCUAUCACGGUGCUCUUUCUUCCCUGGAUCAUGAGUGUCCCACUACCCUUGGGGGUGCCCUAUGCCACGUGUACAUACCUGUCUUAUCUGUUAAUAAACAUGUAAAUAAAGCUCCCACCCCAUGCCUGGA